AUGGCAGUCCCAGAUGUCCUCAGAGCCCCCUCCCCACUUUAUCCCCACUAUACAAAUACAAAUAUUGCCUACGCGACCAGGCCCGCGCGAGACGCCCUUCGAGUCGAGGCGGGAAAACUGGGCCGCCCCCUGGCGUCGGCGCGGCGCGGCGCAACGGGUCCCUCCCUGUGCGACCGUCGUCGCCUCUUCCUGGGAUCGCCUGUUGGGGGACCCUCGGCUUCUUCAGGCGCCCCUCGCCGGGCGCUCUCAGGCUCCAAGACAGGCCUCUGUCGCCUGCCCAGCCCCAGCAUCAUGAGCCUCUGCGCGCUGGGCCUACGACUUCUGCCGAGUUUGCUGCUCCUUCUGGGGCUGUCGCAGAUGCGAAAAACCGGUGCCCAGACCAUUUCGGGGACCCCUGGCUUGCCCUCCGAGCUGGGCAUCCCCGAAGACACCGCCAUGUCAGGGGCCACCCCCAAGACAUGGGCUCUGCGGGAACGUGCCCGGGCCCUGAUGCGGGACUUCCCACUCGUGGAUGGCCACAGCAACCUACCUUUGCUCCUGAGACAGCUUUUUGAGAACAGAAUACAGAAUGUCAACCUACGGAACUUCAGCCGUGGCCAGACCAGCCUGGAUCGGCUACAUGAGGGCCUCGUGGGUGCCCAGUUCUGGUCGGCCUACACCCCAUGCCAGACCCAGCAGGGGGACGAUGUGCGCCAAACCAUGGAGCAGAUCGACCUUAUCCACCGUAUCUGUACCUCCUACUCUGAGCUGGAGCUGGUGACCUCGGUUCAAGAUCUGGAAAACAAUCAAAAGUUGGGCUGCCUCAUCAGUGUGGAAGGCGGCCACUCUCUGGACAGUAGCCUCGCUGUGCUGCGUACCUUCUACCUGCUGGGCGCCCGCUCACUGACGCUCACACAUACCUGCAGCACACCCUGGGCCGAGAGUUCCACCAAGUUUCAGGACCACAUCCACUACAAUGUCAAUGGGCUGACCAGCUUUGGCGAGCAAGUGAUACAGGAGAUGAACCGCCUGGGCAUGAUUGUAGACUUGUCCCACGCGUCGGAUGCUUUGGUCCAGCAGAGCCUACAGGUGUCAAGGGCACCUGUAAUCUUCUCCCACUCAGCUGCCCGGGCUGUGUGUGAGCAUGUGCUGAACGUGCCUGAUGCCACCCUGCGACAGCUGAAGAAGAAUGGGGGCAUCAUCAUGGUGACACUGUCCAUGGGGGUGCUCCAGUGCAACCUAUUGGCUAAUGUUUCCACUGUGGCAGAUCAUUUUGACCAUAUCCGGGCAGUCAUUGGAUCAGAGUUCAUUGGGAUUGGUGGAAGUUACGACGAGGGUGGCCGCUUUCCCCAGGGGCUAGAGGAUGUGUCCACGUACCCGGUUCUCAUAGAGGAGUUACUGCGUCGUGGCUGGAGUGAGAAGGAGCUCCAGGGGGUCCUUCGAGGAAACAUUUUGCGGGUCUUCAGCCAGGUGGAACAGGUGAGAGACAUAAGCCGUGGACAGAUCCCAGUGGAACAGAAAGAGUUUCCCAACCAGUACGUGGAUGUGUCUUGCCACCCCCAUCUCCAAACUCGGCUGCAGAUUGAACCCCAGGACGGGAGAAAAUGGUCAACCAAUCAUGGACCCAGCCCUCUUCCCAAGGUCACAGCAGCCAAGUUUCACCCACUCCUCCUCAUCAUCAUCCAGCAGAAGCACACUCAAAAUAAAUGA